CAAGGUAUUUCCCUUCUUUCCCUCUAGCUGUUCACGGUGGUGCAGCACGUGAAGCACUUCAACGAUGUGGUGGAGUUUGGGGAGAACCAGGAGUUCACGGACGACUUUGAGUACCUGGCCACAGGUCUCAAGAGUGGACAGCCCUUGAACACACGCUGCCUUAGUGUCAUCAGCCUGGCCAUGCGCUGCGCCAUGCCGAGCUUCAGGAUGCACCUCAGGGCUCGGGGCAAGGUGGCCCAGGUCUUCAACACCCUCAACGACGCUCCACAGCAGCCGAACCUGGCUCUGUGCACGGCCUCCCUCAUGUACAUCCUGAGCAGGGACCGUCUCAACAUGGACCUGGACCGCUCCUGCCUGGACCUGAUGAUCCGCCUGCUGGAGCUAGACCUGGACCAGGGGGGCGGGGCUGCCACAGACUCCGCCUCCCAGCUCAGCGCCAGGGAGAUGGCCAAGGUGAAGGAGAAGAUCCGCAAGCUGUGCGACAUGGUGCACAACAAGCAUCUGGACCUGGAGAACAUCACCACGGGCCAUCUAGCCAUGGAGACUCUGCUGUCCCUCACUUCUAAGAGGGCAGGGGACUGGUUCAAAGAGGAGCUACGGCUUCUGGGUGGACUGGACCAUAUAGUGGACAAAGUGAAAGAGUGUGUGAACAACCUGAGUCAGGAGGAUGACAAGGAGCAGCUGGUGUCCUCUCUCUGGGGGGCUGAGCGCUGUCUUCGGGUGCUGGACAGUGUGACGGUGCAAAACCCAGAGAAUCAGAGCUAUCUGAUAGCCUACAAGGACUCAUCGCUCAUCAUUUCUUCUGCCAAGGCGCUGUGGAGCUGCGAGGCUAUGGUCCAGCGCUACAGCCGGCAGGUGAACCGGGCGCGCUGCUCUGACGGCACCUCGCUGCCCUUCUGCUCCAACAGCAACGUGGGCAAGGCAGUAGAGGACUGCAUGAGGGCCAUCAUCGGGGUGCUGGUCAACCUCACGCACGACAAUGAAUGGGCAGCACUAAGACAGGGGAACAGCAGGAUCUGAUGAUCACUGCUCUGAACUGUGUCCUCAGAGUCCUCAGUUCCGGCCUCAGGAAAAGAGGUUUGACAUCAGAGUUCCUGGUAUGUACACACUAGGGAUGGACACGAGUAGUA